AUGGCUUCUUCCACCGCAGAACUCAAACAACGGUUCAUCACGCCCGACCAAACCACCACCACCACCACAGCCACAACAAACGACGACGACAAAAAUGGAACAACUAAUCACAAAAGAGCCAAACGAAUGGCGUUGGCCAGACGCGGUCUCAGAUCACUCAUAAUAGCGGUUUCAUUCCCUCUCUCGAUGACCAUUUUAUCCAUCUACAUAGCCUCUUCCUUCACCUUCUCCAACCACAACAACGAAUCCAUAACCUCUUCAAGAAAGCCUUUCUGGUUUCCACCAUCAUGGCUCCUGCAUCUCAUGUUACCUUCUUGCAGCUUCGUCAUGGGUCUCUCAGCUUGGUUGGUGUGGGCGGAAGGUGCCUUUCAUACAGAUCCGACUGCUUUUUUGCUUUACACGAUUCAGCUUCUCUUCACUGUGUUGUGGGAGCCCGUGGUUCUUGGAGUUGGGGCAACGAGUUUUGGUUUGAUGCUAUGUUUGGGAAUUUUUGGGAGCUUGAUUGGGUGUAUGUAUGUGUUUGGGAAGGUUAAUCCUGUUGCCAGUGAUUUGAUAAAGCCUUGUUUGGCUGUCGUUUCUUUUCUUUUCAUUGUAAAUCUGAAGCUUAUUUAUAUCUGA